AUGUCCAGUCCCCAUCCCAAUAGUGCUAUACUCCGCCGUCUUCGAGAGAAACAGCAAACUCAGCAAACCAGGAUCCACGUUGAGCCAACUGAGGUGUUCGAAAUACCCGAGGAUAAGUGUGGUCUGGUGAUUGGUAAACGAGGAUGUAAAAUCCAGAAAAUUCGGUCCGAAGCAGGAGUUGGUGUUAAUCUUUGGGAUAGGAAUUCAGCAGUUGAUGGUAUGAUGAAGGUUUAUCUGUGGGGAGACAAAAAAGGGUGUGACAAAGCCAAGAAGAUAAUUAUGAAUCUAAUUUCUGAGUCAACUGAGGUGUUCGAAAUACCAGAGGAUAUGAGUGGCAUAGUGAUUGGCAAAGGAGGAUCUAAAGUCAAACAGAUUAGAUCGGAAACAGGAGUAAGAGUUAGUCUUGGGUCUCGGGACUCAGCACUUAAUAGUAUGAUCAAGGUUACCCUGAUGGGAAACAAAGAGGGCUGUGACGAAGCAAAAACGAUCAUUAUGAACCUAAUUUCUGUGGUUAUUAAGGUGUUCGAAAUACAUAAGGUGAUGAGUGGCGUAUUGAUUGGCAAAGGAGGAUCGAAAGUCAAACAGAUUCAGUCGGAAACAGGAGUAACAGUUAGUGUUGGGUCUAGGGACUCAGCAGUUGGUGGUAUGAUCAAGGUUACCCUAAUAGGAAACAAGGAGGGCUGUGACAAGGCAAAAAAGGUUAUUAUGGAUAUAAUUUCUGAGCCAACUGAGGUGUUCGAAAUACAUAAGGAUAUGAGUGGCAUAGUGAUUGGUAAAGGAGGAUCUAAAGUCAAACAGAUUCAGUCGGAAAACAGGAGUAACAAUUAG